GAAUACGACCUCGACUACAACCUGCCAACACUAGUCAUUACUGUCCUCGACAAUUGCUCCAGGUCAUUCUAGUCAACUUAAACAAGAAUGGAAUAUAGACCGCGAUAUCCCCAGCCUUUCACACUCGCCGAAGCCGUCCGCCUAGAUGUUCCGAUCAUUGCAGAAGAGAUAUCGCGGCUGCAAAACUCUGUGGAACGUCUUAGAGCAACUCAGAAGGAGUUGAAUGAGGCUGUUGCGGAGUCUCCUGAUCCCGAUUUCUCCAAGGCUAUCGAGGAGAAUGAUAUUGUUAUUGGCUCUCAGGAAGAGCGAGUAUCUAUGCUGAAGAUGGCUCUGACGGAGAAAGGCAUUCCGUCGAGUCCACAUUACGACCCCUUUCCCGUUCCUCCGCUGCGUAGAACGCAGAGUCAGCAGCCGGCUCAGGAGUCAUCUAGUCAGACUCAAACACCUCCAACACGACGGGGAUUCCAAAACCAGGAUCAUGUUGAUGGAGGGAUCGACUUGUGACUUUAGUAUCUGGUUCUGCUGCUUAAUUUCUUGUGCAGUUCGCCUGUUUCAUUCAGCGCUAUUAUAUCGACUAGGAGGGUAUAAAUAAUGAUCAUACUGUGCCAUCAUCC